UUUGAAUAUCAACAUCCAAUGUCAGUUGAGUACUUGACCUUUUCAUUGGUUUUAUUUAUAGUAUGCCGGAGUAUUUAAUACCUAAACAAUUGCUUAUUGAUAAGAAACGUGCAGUGUUAUUUGGUGUAAUGGAUGGCCCAUGGUAGGGCCCAUGGUUUUCUCGUAUCUAUAUGCUUUCAUCAAUGACCAUAGAUAAGGGAUAAAUAAUACUUAUUACGCCACUCCGCUUCAUAUAUCUAUUAUCUAUGUUUGACGCAUGUUUGACGUUAGAUUUGACAUUGUAGAUGAAACAGCUGGCUGCUGUGAACUCGUGAAUUCUUUUACAAUAAAUUGUAUAUGUAUUCUUAAUAUUUAAAUCAUUUGAAAAAAUUAUGGAAGAGAAAGACGAAAUGUACGAUUUGAUAUGUCACUAUCAAAAAAAUUUAGUAAGAUGUGCCGAAAAAAAUAACGAAGAAAAAAUGUUAUAUUACAUUAACAAAUUAAAAAGGCUCCCAAUGACGGUUUCUUAUCUUCAACAAACAGGUGUAGGUAAAACAGUUAACAGUGUUAGGAAAAUGGGUGGUGAAGUAGCUACACUAGCCAAAUCACUUAUUUCGUACUGGAAAGAAGUGGUAGAAAAUGAGAGCAAAAUACAAAAUGACGAAGAAGAGGGCUAUGAAAGUGACGCAAGAGAAUCCCCAAGACAAAAAGAAGAAAAAUAUACCAAAAUUAAAAAUAAUCAGUACUCAAAAGUUUCUAAUUUCCAUCAUAAACAUUCUCAUAGGGAGAACCACAAAACAUCACGAUAUUCAAUGAACACUCAGGAAGAAUCAACACUCAGGAAGAACCAAACAGAUCUAUCAGAAAAUAAAAAUGGUGAAAUUAAUGUAAAAAAAGACAGAGAAGAAAAUCGAAAAAACUCCAUCAAAAGAAAACACAAAGAACAUGAAGAAAGUAGCAGUAGUAGUAGUAGCAGUAAUAGUAAAAAUCACAGAAAAUCUGAUAAUUCAAAAUCCUCUUCAAGUUUUAAAUCUACAAGCAAACAUAGUAAUCAUUCAACUGCUAACAGGAAAAAUCAGAAAUCAUUAGUCAAAGAAAAAAAGUCUCAUUCUGAUGGCAAAAGCUCCAGCAAAGAAAACAGUUCUAAUUCCAAAAAAAGAAAAACUGGUAAAUCAUCGACAAAGGUAUCAGAUGAAGGUAUUGAUUGUGGUUCAGGCACAAGUUUUGCAGAGGCGUUAGGUAUGCUGGAAUCCAGCAGUUCUAGCAAAGUUAGAAGAAAAGAAAAAAAUUCAACACCUUUGAAUUCUGAAAACUGUAAUAGUCAUGGGUUAACAUCUUCACCCAAAGAAACACCAACUGAUACAGAGGAAUGUCUAUCACCUUGUUUAGAAAGGACACCUCCUCUUAUAUCAAGUGCUAAGCUUGAGCCUCUUGAUAUAAAUUUGUCUAGCUUACUUCCAGAAAUUACACCUCAUUAUCGCCCUUUAGGAAAUACCACAGACAUUCAAAGUUUAAAAAUGAAGAAAAUAGCCGACUAUGAAGCUUUAUCUGCUGGGAUCACAUCAAAAACUCAAAGGACUAAGGUUUAUUCCGGUAAUAAAAGCAGUUGGGGGGUGUCUUCGUUAUUUGACAUGUGUAUUCGUGUUUUACAAGAGAACAUAGAUGCUCUUGAGUAUACCGGAGGCGUGCCAUAUAGUAUUCUGAAACCGGUCCUGGACCGGUGUACGCCAGACCAACUUUUUAUGAUGGAACAUUACAAUCCGUAUUUGAUCGAGGAUACCGACGAAUUGUGGAAAUUUCACUGUCAAAAAGAAUUUAGAGCGAAAAAGAGAGAAGAAAUGGAAACAUGGCGCGACAUGUACAUGCGAUGUCUUGACGAAAGAGAGGCCAAACUGAAAGCUUUGACGUCGAAUAUAAAGCAAUCGCAAGAGAAAUCGCAGCCCGUCAGGCAAACGAUGUUAGCUUACGUUGAUAGCGUGGCUAAACCUCCCAGAAAUGUUGCCAGAAAACAGGUGAAAAAUGGGAUAGACAACAAACCAGUCAUAACGCCUUCUUUAAGAUUAUCUGCGCUAGCGACAAGUGGAGACGCAGGAAAAGUUUGCGUUCCUAACCCUGGCAAAUUAGCCGUUACCUCUGUUAAUUCAGGUUCAAGCAAUCAUGCGUCUGCUUUAAAGCCAAAAAAGGCUCCCCUGAUGCAAAAAGCACUGGCGCUUAUAAAGAAUAGGUACCGAAGGUGAAUCUUCGUUCUCUUUUGGAUUUAUCUUUUAUUGAUUUUGGAUUCAAGUGGACCUAUUGCUAAUCAGUUUUUAAUUAUCCCGGGAAUUAUUCUGUACCACAACGUAUGUAAUUUUAUGUAAAUAUUAUUUACCUGCAGAAGUUUUAAGGAAUUUUAGACACAUCAAUUGCAAGGAAUAAAACUAUUAAAAAUAGAGGUAUUUUGUUGA